GACCCAUCUGAACGACUUGGAUGUCGAACAGACAUUGAAGAAUCAUUGACGGAAAUGAAAGAGCAUCCUUUCUUCAAAAACACCGUUGAUUGGGAAGCGUUGGAGCAGAGACAAGUUGCACCUCCCUACAAUCCAUCUGUGGAAAGCGAUCGCGAUCUUCAGCAUUUCGACACUCAGUUCACCGACGAAGCACCAAACUUGACUCCUGAUGAUCCGAACGUCAUUGCUAAAAUAGACCAAAGCGAGUUUGAUGGGUUUGAGUACGUUAAUCCGUUGCAAAUGAGCAAAGAGGACGCUGUGUAG